AUGGGCAUGGUCAGCUUCAAAUUCUGCAAUGCUCUGCACCUUGCCGCAUACUAUGGCCACCUCAACGUUGUGGACCUGCUGCUGAGCACCAAGAGAUGCGACCCCCAGGGGACAAAUGAACAUGGCUGCACUCCUCUCCACUUUGCUGCGAACAAGGGCCACAAGCACAUUGUGGCAAGGCUCUUGAAAGUACAAGGAAUCAAAAUUGAUAUAUGUGAUGUUCAUGGUCGCACACCAUUGCACCAUGGAGCAGCUCAAGGGCACGCUGGUGUUGUUGAUGAGCUGUGGCCAAGGGGCUGCGAAAUUGAUGCUGCUGAUGCUAUGGGAUGGACUGCUCUUCACUAUGCAGCACAUGCCGGGCACACUGAUGUGGUGUCCAAGCUCGUGAUCGCGGGCUGCCCUGUCCAGAAAUUGGACAACUGUGGCUAUACUGCAGGCCAUUUGGCGGCCCAGGGAGGUUAUGCAGAUGUUCUUGAAAGACUCCUCCAUGCCGGCUACGAUCCAGACACUCUGGGAGGCAUGACUGUGCUGCACCAUUGUGGCGGUUCCACAGCUUUGCACAUGGCGGCUGCCCAUGGGCACACCAAGGUGGUCAGGCAGCUGUUGUGUGAAGGGAGCAGUCCUUCCAAGGAGGAUUUCCGUGGAUUCACUGCACUGCAGUGUGCAGCAGAAGGGGGUCAUUUGGAAGCAUUCCAGGCACUCCUCCAGGCUGGUUGCAACCCCAAGGCACACGAUUGUUGUGGCACAACGGUGCUGCAUUCUGCAGCAAGUGGAGGCAAUUGGGACAUCAUGCGCAAUUUGCUGGACCUUGGUUGUGACCACUCGCUUCAAACGAAGUACGGUCACACAGCACUUCACCAUGCUGCUCAGGGUGGAGCACAACUGGUUGCACGGAACCUCCUGGAUCUUGGGUGUGACAUUCAAGUCACUGACAGGGAGGGCAAUACCCCAUGGCAUGCUGCAGCAGAGGGGGGUAACGUGGAGGUGCUGCAGCUGUUCCUUGACAGGGGGUGCGAACUGGAAGCAAGGAACAAUGCAGGCUGCACAGCCCUUCACUGCGCAGCAAAGUCAGGGAGUGGUGGAGCUGUCAGGGCGCUCCUUGACAAGGGAACGGACAUACGGGCGGUGUCGAGCGAGUCUCAGACAGCCCUGCACUACUCUGCCGAGAUGGGCCACGAUGACAUCGUGCUGCUGCUUCUCGAGACUCUGGACAAGUGCACAGUGAACCAUCAGGACGCUUCUGGAUUGGCAGUUUUGCACCAUACCGCAGAGCAGGGGAACAAGAAAAUGGUGAAAGCCCUUGUGGAACGGGGGGCGGAUGUGAACUUGCAAACCAAGGAGGGCUGCACCCCGCUCCAUCUAGCAACACAUGGCCAAUACCAAGGCGUUGUGGAGAUCCUGCUGGAGAAUGACUGCGACACCUCGAUCAAGGACAGUGAGGGCUGCACUGCACUCCACUACGCAGCUCAACGUAGCAACCUGCCUCUGUUCAACCUCCUGCAUGCUGGUUGCAUGACUGGGGACAAGGACAACCAGGGUUUCUCUCUCCUCCACUAUGCUGUUGAAGGGGGCAACCCAGACAUCGUGGGCACACUGUUGUUCACAGGUGCAGCUUCAUAUGACAACAUGGACAGCUCCUCAGAGGUGGUGAAUGCCCUGCACCUGGCUUGCAAGCUGGGCCAUGCUGUGGUGGUGUCGUACCUCCUGAAAGCGGAUUACAGGGUUGACACAAAGGGGCCAGAUGGCUGCCAGCCCCUGCACUAUGCAGCUCAAGGCGCCCCAGGCCUGUGGGGUCAAAAAGAGGCCAGUCACCAUUUUCAUGUUGCAAACCUCCUUCUCGAUGCUGGUGCUGACCCACAUGCUGUGGAUGAUAAGGGUUGCAAUGCUCUGAUGUAUGCAGCAGGCAGCGGUGAGCUGGAGAUGGUCCUCAAGUUGUUGCUGCUAGGCGUGGACUGCACAAGACUGGACAUGAACCAAUGGACCUCCUUGCACUGGGCGGCCACAAGUGGCAAUGUAAAUGUUGUCUCCAAGCUGAUCCAGGCAGGAGUACCUGUUGACACAGUGGACAACAGAGGCAGGCUGCCGCUGCAUUGGUCAGCAGAGCAGGGCCACCUAGGGCCCGUGACAGCCAUCUUGAAGGUCAUGCUGGAUAAAAAGGUGGACGUACAUCAGACAGACAAUGAGGGGGCUACUGCAGUGCAGUUGGCAGCUCGCCAUGGGCAUGCGGAGGUGGUGGCCAAACUUCUGGAAUCUGGGAAGACAAAAGACGUCAAGGGUCUGACGGCGCUGCACCUGGCAGCACAGCUGCGGAUGGAGGACGUUGCACGGCUGUUGCUCGGCAUGGGGAAGUGCGAUGUUAAUGCUAGAGAUGCAGACAACUGUACACCUCUGCACUACUCUGCUGAGAAUGGGUGUUCUUCAAUUGCCGGCAUGCUGUUGGAUGCCAAUGCAGACGUGAAUGUAACUGGUGCUGAUGGCAUGAUGCCAAUCCACAAGGCAUCGUCUGAAGGCCACUAUGAUGUGGUGAAGUUACUGGUAGACAAAGGGGCUCUAGUCAACUUCUGCACGUCCACCGGAUCAACACCUCUGCACUACGCUGGUUCAGCUGGAAAAGGAGAUGUUCUGAAGCUGCUGGUUGAAUCUGGCUGCCCUGUUAAUGCGAUGAGCACAGGAAACCUGAGCUGCAGUGCACUGUACUGUGCAGCCAGCAGUGGCCAGCUGGAGGCUGUGGACCUGUUGUUGCAGCACGGUGCAGAGGUGGACGCCAUCUGCACCAAUGACUGCACCGCGCUGCACGUUGCUGCAAGCAAUGGUCAUGCACAGGUUGUAAAGAGGUUGCUGGAAGCGGGAGCAGAUCCAGAUCUGCAGGCCGCAAAUGGGGCUGCAGCAAUACACAACGCUGUCAACAACUUGCACCUGGAAGCCUUGGAAAUGUUGCUUACAGCUGACUGCGAUGUGGACAUUCAAAACUCUGGCGGAAAUACUGCCCUCCACAUCGCUGCCUCGAAAGGUAGCCAGGAGCUUGUACAAGAAAUACUCAAGGCAGGCUGCGAUGUCCAUAUCAAGAAUGCCAAAGGCUGGCAGGCUGUACAGUCAGCAGCCUCCUGUGGCUUCCUUGAAGUGGUGUUGCUCCUUGUGGCCCAUGGGGCUCAGUUUAAGCAGAAGGGCGAAAUGGAUGUCUCAAAGCUCCUGUGCCGGAAAUCCAAUCUCAAGGGAAGUUACGUCGAUGGCCGACUACGACUUGCAGAGAGGGAGAAGCACAGGAAGACGAAGCCCAUGGAGCAGGCAGCUGAUACCCCAACUGGGACUGAGCUGAAGGAGAGGCAGGCUCAAGCAGAUGCCGCAAUGGCGGAGCUCUUAGCUGAGGAACAAAAGCAGAGGGCAGCAGAGGAGCAGCUUGCUGCAAAACGAAAGGCCAAGAAGGACAAGAAGAAGAAGCGAAAGGAUACUGCCAAGGACAACAGAGCAAAGAACGACCAUACUGAUGGGAUGGGUGGUGGGGAUUCGAACGGGGCAGUUCCAGAAGAUGAGGACAAGAGUACAUUCAGCGCAUUGGAUGUGGAGACGAUUGGCAGUAUGGCGAAAUUGAGCCUUUCUGAUCCCCCUGACACGAUGUCUGUCGCUGCCAACGAGCGGGAGCCUGAGCAGGGUAAGGUGAAAGGGUGCCCUGGAAAGGAAAGUGGCGCAGCAAGUGUACAGUUGAAGGAGGGAGUGAAGGAGAGUGACAAGAGGUUACAUGAUAGGCUAGAAGAGGGGCAGAACCCUCAUCCCUCGGAGGGGUCGAAGAAGAAGGGAAAAGGGUUGGAAAAUGGAGAAACUGUGGGCCCAUCCUCAUCUCAGGGAACUGUGAAAAUAAUACGCUGCCACAGUACAGCCACACCAAUAAUCUCUGUGACCAAGAACAAAAAGGCAGCAGUGCACCCUGCUGGCUGUGCUGAGAGUCAAAAGAGGCAGACAAGAAGAGCCUCUUCAAUAGCUUCUUCUUUCCAGGAGCGGAGCCAAGAUCGGGGGAAGGAACCUGUAAAGAUCAAGGCGCAGAGAACGAGGCACAAGACUGGAGGGCCACAGCAGAAUGAUGGCCACCAGGGCACCUUGGCAGCCAAUGGGACAGUUGUGGUGGUACGCUGUCAAAAGUCAUCAACGGAUGCUGCCAGCACUCAGCCAGCAUGGGUGGCAGACUCUGCAAAGUCCGACCGGAUGCAGCAAUGCACACUCACAACUGGGGGCUGCCAUCCUUCUUCGAAGUCUCCACUGCGAGCAGGCCAGAUCUCUGGACAGCAGCGGCAGGGGACUCCUGUUGCCACUGGCACAACUGCAAGGGCCACACCCGCAGUCCUUGUGCACAACCUGAAGCCAAAAUCUGGUGUCUCAACUACCGGCAAGGAGGCUGGGCACCUGGAGGUGGCAAACCAGGCCAUUGGCAGUGAAUCCACACCCAGAGGAUCUUUGCCACCUCAACCUGCUGCUGCAGCAGUCCCUGAAUCUCCAUCGAUUCCCCAGGUCAAGAGUAGGGCAAACCCAUGGCAGCGCCCUGCAAAAUCUACAACUGAUUCAGCAGCACCAGCCUUGCAACUUCCAGUCAGCUGUGCUCCUGCGGCAAAGGCAGGUUUGCUGAGGCCCCAUGCAGCAAUGCAAAAGGCCCAAUAUGCAGAAGGUGCUGGUGCUGCUGUGAGGGCUUCCGCAUGCCCUCAGGCAGUGCAGGCCAACGAUCAAUCGUUGAUGCAUCCUGCCACUCAGACGAAUGCCCAGUUGGUGGCUCAGUCCCCAACUGUGUCAUCACAGCAGGCCAGGAGCUCUGUUCUACCGGUUGCAGACACAGCACCUACCAGCAGUGACGACCCCGCUGGAGGAAGGUCUGUGCAAGUGUGUCAGCCGCCAGCAGCAUGGUGUCACACAGGGGUAUCAUCGGAAAGCGGAUCAGCUCAGGGAGGAAGUAACUCACCAUCGCAAACAGUGCGUGCCUCUGGUAAUGAGUCUGCUGGUGCAAGAUCUGCAGAUGGCACUCAAAUUGGAGACAUGCAGGGAGCCCGGUCUUGGGGGUCACCAGGCAGCAUGCAGGGUGUUCGACCCAUCGUGUCAGCAGCACCGGCUGCCACUGCUUGGGUUUCGCCAACGAGGCAGCAGGGAAUGCCAAGACCACAGGAGCCUGGAGGAUCUCAGCCGGUGAGUCCAAGGAUUGGGCUUGGCAGGACAGGUGGCCACACGAUGGGCAAGAAUCAGGAUGGUGAAGCGGCACAGUCUCCAGAAGGCCCUAGGGUUGGCACCAGUCUAUCUGGUUCUUCAAUGAUCCCAGGGAGGUCUCUUUCGGUGUCACAGGAUGACUUUCCAUUCCCAGGGAGGAGGGAGGUCACGUGGGGCGUCAUCAAUACAAGCAGCCAACUCAGUGGAGGAUUGAUUGAACUGGCGGAUGACCACAAGACCACCGCAAUGGAGAACAUGCACUCGGGGCUGGGUGAGCCCAUUGUGCCGCCCCCAGUCCCUGGCCACCCUGAGUUUGCUAACCUCAGCAAGCACCAGAAGGCCUUUGGAGAGGAUCGGUAUGCUCAGGUGCAGGGCGUGCCAAAUUGGGGCAGUGGGCACCUGGUAGAGGGUGGCUAUGUUCCGGGGCCGAUGCAUGCGAUGUACCCAGGGGCAUGGGGCCAGGGAUGGGCACCUGGCCCCACAGGUCACAUGGAUGCCCACAAGGGUGUUCCAACACCUGGUGGCGGUGGUGCGCAGUAUGCUAAGACCCCUCACCCAGCUGUGCCCAAUGGAUUGCCAUGGCGAGUGAAUGCCCCACUGACUUCAGCGGCAGCUGACGGUGUGUUGCAGUCAGACAGCAGCACACGCGGCUCUGUUGUGAACAUUCCAGACGAUCCUUGGGACAUUGGAGACACAGAGAAGCCUGAGCCCAGGGUGUAUGGCCAGGGAUCACCUCGGUCAAUGCCUCCUGUGCAUAGCGUACCUGGCCGUAGUCAAUUCUCCUGCCCUCUCACCAACAAGUUGAUGGAAGAUCCAGUCGUGGCUGCGGAUGGCUUCACGUAUGAGCGUUCGUCGAUAGAGGAGUGGUUGGUGCAGAAUGGCAAGUCGCCCAUGACCAAGCAGCCUUUGCUGCACAAGGAGCUUGUGCCCAACCUCACAAUGAGGGCAGCUAUCAGACUGCUGGGCCCAGGCCAGAAAUGA